AAUUAGUAAAUGAAUCAAUAUGUUUUAGUCAAGUGGUGUAUUGAUUUGAUUUUAGUUUUAACUUGAAUCAAGACUCGGCACAUUUCAUUAUUAACCUUGAGCUUUAAAAGUCGAAUGUAAAAUACAUAAAGCCAAUUAGAAAUGAUUGGCAGUGCAAUAAUUUUGAUGCUGUUUUUAUAUUCAAAUUUUGUAUCUACAGAGUUCGAGGAAUCAACAGAGUACUACGAAAAAAUUGCUUGGGGUCGUUAUGUUUACGAAGAAGGCGCAUAUCCUUUCUAUCUUUCUAUUCAAGAACCGGUUGGCGGAGACCCGAAAUAUGGAUACUAUCACAGCUGUGGUGGAGCAUUAAUAGAACCGAGAAUCAUGUUAACAGCAGCUCAUUGUCUCAUGAAUGAAUCAGACAUUCCACUUAUGCGCGUUUUACCCAACUAUCGAAAUACGCCGCUGAUUUUACCUAGAGAUCUAGUCUUCAAAAUUGAAGCCUACGAGAAGCAUCCACAUUUUGAUUCUGUCCCAUGGCUAACUGCUAAAGAUGACAUUGCUGUUGUACUUUUGGACAAACCCGAUCCUCGACCUGGUGCAAUAAUUUUUCGGCCCGUUUUACCACUUCAUAUUUGUUUUCCAGUUAAGAUCAUGGGUUAUGGUUACACUGAAAGUGGCGACCCUCCAUAUAGAUUAAAAGAAACGACUGUAUUCAGGCUUGAUGAUGAAGAUUGCCUCGAUGAAGCGCCAUGGCUGUACGCGCCAGGUUACAGUCUUUGCGUUACUAAUGCCAUUGGCUCAUCUGUAUGCCGAGGUGACUCAGGUGGACCCUUAAUUUGGGAAAAUCCAAAAACUAAUAAAACCUUUAUUUACGGCGUGGCAGUUAUCGGGUUUUCUCCAUGUAAGGAUACACCUUUUAGUAUCUUUGUUGAUGUUUUAGCAUAUAAUGAUUGGAUUGAUAUAGCUAUCUUCAGAUUAACAAUUCAUGACGAAUUGAGAUCCGGUUACGAUUGAAUAUGUUCAAUUUAUGGACACUUAUUGGAAUUUAGCACUAAAUUGAUUUUUGGUUACCAUUUGAAGAUUGGAUUAUCACUAGAAUCAAUUGAGUUUCAUUGUUUUUCAUUCGUUUUUUUAUUUAAAAUAUACAAAAUUAAAGGCACUAACAAAAGAUAAA